ACAGUCCCUUAACCCCUCAGCUAAGAAGAGCAAUGUUUCAGCUGCAUUUGAACUCCAAAAACAAAAUACGACACCGAAUUUCAAAAACAAGGGGUGUAACUUGUUCAGCUGAUUCAGAAUAUGUCAUUUAUAUCAAUCUUGCACGCUCCGUUUAAGAGGUAUUAACGAGUAAAUUCCGAAUCUUUAAUAUAAAUCUUAAGUACACCGCACUGUCUCUUUUAGUAAUGUCGCAAGUGACACAGGCGCGUUUGGAUUCCUGGACAUGAUCAAUGCUUUCUUUGUGCGUUGUUGUUUUGCAUUAUAGCCACGCUAAAAACUAUUGUUGUUGUUGGAUUCAGAUUUAAAAAAAUACCAGCCUUCAGUCAGUUUGCAGCAUCAGCAGCAGCAGCUACCAUGUAGCAGUACCCAGAAGUGAACAAAGCAACCCGGAAGCGCUGAACCAAUUGGAGGCAGGCAGAAAGAACAUCAACAUUUUAUAGAGCAAGACAAAAUCUGCAAUCGUGACAUCAGGAUGGCUGAGCCUCGAUUCAACAACCCCUACUUCUGGCCUCCGCCUCCUUCCAUGCCUGGCCAGCUGGAUAACCUGGUACUCAUCAACAAGAUCAAGGAGCAGCUGAUGGCUGAGAAGAUCCGACCCCUGCACCUGCCGACCAAUUCAGCCCCUUCCCAGCAAACCCUGCUGGUGGCCUCCUCCCCCUUGGACGGGGGGCAGCACAGCAUGCUCAUGCCCAAGCCCCAGCCCCAGCAGGGCCAGCAUCACCCCCAGGGCUCGGUCCAGCAGCCCGACAUCGCCCUGCAUGCCCGCCCAGCCUCCAGCUCUGUACCAGUUAGAUCAGUUAAUUUUAUUACCUUCAAUCUCGAUGAUGCAGACGUGAAUAUGGAUGACAAGUCAGCAGUGAAGGCCAAAGGACUGUGGGAUGAGUGGCACAUGCGACAGAUCGUAGAGCAGCCCUCUAGAGUCAACCAUCGGUCAGUCUUCAUGUGCCCAUACACAGGUCUGGCCCCUAUGUCCCGGCCGGACGGCCACAGCAUUUCGGAAGCCCUCACCCCCACCACCCCCACCUCCAGCAGCCAGAACCGACUGGGAGGGACCCCAUCGGUCAACAUCAUCUCUGGGCUGGCCAGCAGCCCUGGCAUGGAACAGAUAAAGAGCGGGGGCCUGGCCGGACUCCUCGGCCCACCACCCAAGACUCCCCGUGGGCGGAAGAAGAUCAAAGCGGAGAGUGGAGGGCCUCUGCUGGUGGUGCCCUACCCCAUCAUGGCCUCUGGUGCCGACCAGGGCUGUAUCACCUUCCCUGCCAAAGAGGGCAAAACCUACAGAUGCAAAGUGUGUCCGCUCACCUUCAUGUCAAAGUCAGAGAUGCAGAUCCACUCCAAGUCCCACACGGAGGCCAAGCCUCACAAGUGUCCCCACUGCUCCAAGUCCUUUGCCAACGCAUCCUACCUGGCCCAGCACCUCCGCAUCCACCUGGGCAUCAAGCCCUACCACUGCUCCUACUGCGAGAACUCCUUCCGCCAGCUCUCGCACCUGCAACAGCACACCAGAAUCCACACUGGUGACAGACCCUAUAAAUGUGCGGCCCCUGGAUGUGAAAAGGCCUUUACCCAGCUCUCUAACCUCCAGUCCCACCAGAGGCAGCACAACAAGGACAAGCCGUACAAAUGUCCCAACUGCUACCGUGCCUACUCAGAUUCAGCAUCGUUACAGAUCCACCUGUCUGCGCACGCCAUCAAAAAUGCUAAGGCGUACUGCUGCAGUAUGUGUGGCCGGGCAUACACCUCAGAGACCUACCUUAUGAAGCACAUGUCCAAACACACAGUAGUGGAGCACCUAGUGAGCCACCAGUCCCCUCAGAGGACAGAGUCCCCCAGUAUCCCAAUACGCAUCUCCCUCAUCUGAGUUCAGCAUUACUGUAUGUUGUUGUAUUAUUUUUCUAUAUAAGGCUGAAGUUUAGGGGCCCUGCACAUAAGGCCAUCGACACAAGGCCUACAUAUGCAUCACAUGACACCUGACAUUAAUUUACAAACCUUUGUUCAAUUUUUACACAGAUUGGGUCGGUUUAAAUGAAAAUGAGCAUAGCGCAUUCUUUGCAAAGGUUUAUGUCAAUGGGGAAAAAUGUCGGAUCAUGUCUGGUGUCGGAUACAACUGAGCGUUAUGCAAACGGUCUAAUGCAUUGGCUCUUAACAUUUUAAUGUUACGGAACAAUUAUUCCAUUAAAUGGGUUUCUAAAAUGUCAGUCAAUAUUUUCCCUUAUACCGAAACUAAAUGGAUUAAUAUUUUCUGGGUGUGUUCUGGCGACAUCCAAAGAUAAUCUUAAAGCACUUUCAGGCCUUGUGGUUUUGGAUCCAAAUGGUUUUCUACCUUUUCCGAUGGAAAUUCAAAAAGAUUGCUUGAGGCAGCUAAGAGUAUUGACUGUGUCUAAUCAAAAGUCUGAUCUUUUUUUUUAUUUUAAGCAAAGUUUACAGGGUCAGACAUUAAAAUCAGCAUUUUAGCGAAAAGCAAUUGGAACUAUGUGGACAACUCGAUUGUAAGGUUGUUUCUCUUGGAGGAAUGGUGAAACAAAGUGCACCAAAAUGUUAAAAACAUUCAUGAAUGUUUACUGUUUCGUCAAGAUCAGUUCAAUUGUUAUGGUUAAUGGAAUCAAGAUCAUAUGGGUUAUAUGAUCAGACACUAAUUAAAUCAACAGAACUUCUCACCUAUGUGAGCCUAGUCAAGAUUCAUUGGGAAAGCAAGCUAACAUUAGCUAGUGCGCAAGCUUUUUGGCUUUACUUGGCACUGCCCUCAAUAAGCCUACACAAAGCUGUCAAGAUAAGCAUUACAAAUGUUAUAAACAGUCAUGUCAACUUUUGUCAAGUAACUUCCGAUGGUAAUCAUAACACAAGCUGUUGUUAGCAAAGGUGCUAGUAAAGGAGAGGAAUGCUUUGUGUCAUGAUAGUUCUAAGUCACAACAGCUGAUGUUGACAAGUUGGUAAUGUGGUUAGGUCUAUGUUACUAGAGUAGAACAUGACACAUUUCUAUUCUGAAUAUAUUUAGAGAAAAUAUAGUAAACAUACAUUUAUUGGAGGUGAAAUGUUUUGUAUUUUUAUUGACUUCUAUGUUGUUAUACUCUCACUGGUGUCACAUUACACUUCACAAUCAUAUCACCAAGUCAGGUUAAAGCUAUUUCCCAGCCUGGUUACAGAGGACUGUGCUGCUUUAUUGAAAAAAGUCAAUAACAUAGUUUAAACAUGACAUUGAUAUUUGAAAGUGCACAUUUGGACCAAAUAGUUAGCCAAUAUUAACCCUAAUCCCACUACAUUCAGGAUAGUUUUAUCUUGAUUUGUGAAACUAAUUCUCAACAGGUUUACAUUUUAAUGUGCAGUCAGUAUGAGUUUGUUCAAACCAUAUAACUUCAUAUGUUUCUUUCAUCAUGGUAUACACACAGUAUUGUUGUAUUUUUACUGUAAUUUUACCUUCUAGUUGCUCUGGAUGGUACUAGUAGCCUGUAUUCUUCAGGUUACUUAGGACACGGUGCUAAGGCUAGAUGUUUAUUUGAGAUGGAACUGAGAAUAUUGUUAAAUACAUUUAUAGUAUGUUUAAAAAAAAAUACAAUUCAAGCCACUGGCCUGGAAAUAAACAUUUAUGGCAACAAAAGACCCUGCCACUUCAAUUUACUCUCUUCCGAGAAAAAAAUUGGGCAAUGUACAUGUUGCUGUACUGUAAAACAUUAUCAUUUUUCAUAACUGUUUUGGGUUAGGGUUUUGUACAGGUAUGUUUAUGUAUGAACUUACUGUAAUGAUUUGUCUUUCUGAAUAUUGAUACUUUUUAUUAAUAUUCAUGUUUUAUAUCAGUUAUUUACAUAUAAGCCUUAACAAUUUUAUCAUUGAACUACCAUUUUAUUUCCAUAUUCUGUAUUGUGUUCCUCAGUAUUGGGUCUUGUAAACAUUUUUAUUUUUCCCGAUGAAAUAUCCAAACUCUAAUCUGUAUAUGAAUUAACUGUUAACCCAUAUUCUCUAUGAAAAGAUAGUGUCGAUUUAUUACACCUUUUCUUGUCUUGCUUUGUGAUUUAAUAUAAAGUUUCUAGACAACUUAAUAUGCACACACAAGACUGAGAAGUAAAACUAAGAAUAUCAAUGUUGAAUAAAAAACGACCUUUACCUUGUUUAAUAAACAGACUGUUAUAAACACACUUAAAAUUGUACUGCAUAACUUUGAUGAAUAAUUUAAAACCAAACAACAAUUUGGUAUUCUCCAUUCAAUAUUUAUCAACAAUAUGAUUGUUUGACCUUUUCUUCCUAGAUAUGCCCUGGGGUUUAUUCACUAGUAGGAACCAAAAAGAAGCAAACAGCUAAAACGGGGAGCAACUAAUCUGAACUUGUCCAAUAAGAAACACCCCUUUUUGUUGACAAAACAUUUCCCAUUGCCAAAUGUUUUACUACUGUUUGGCACUUAUAAUUAUACCCCAGGUGCGCUAAAACUAAACAAUGGAAUCAGAUACACAUGGGAAGAUUCAAUGACCUUUAUUUAUGAAAAUACACGUUUUUACCUAAAAAGUCACAGGUUAUUAUUUCACUCAACAUUUCAAAAAAAUUGUCUCAGAUUAAUAUGAUUGUACGUAGUAUGCAUUAUUUGUAGAUUGUUAUUCACUCUCAGUUUAGCAGCAGGACAGAGCAUUACACUUUAUCAUUACAGGCAUGUUGAAGACAUGGAUACCAUAUUAUCACACCAUAUUAUUUGAUGGACAUUUCUUGCUUCAUCAAUCUCUAAAGGCUAAAGUGAAUGCUUGUAUGUUGUCAGUGAUUGAAUAAAGGUUCAAAUUCUAAUUUUAUA